CCUCCUCCACCUCCAUUACCUUUUGGUUCAGCAUGUCCUCCACCUCCACUUCCUGGUGGUAUUGCUCCACCCCCACCCCCUCCUCCUCUCCCUGGUGGCAUGGCUCUACCUCCUCCUCCAUUACCAGGAAUGGGAGCCCCACCUCCUCCACCUCCACCUCCAGGGUGCGGGCCUCCUCCCCCCCCUCCUCCACCGGGAGGCAUGUGCGCUCCACCCCCUCCCCCCGGGGCUCUGGGCUCGCUGCCUCCUCCUCUGCCCAUGGGGCUGUAUGCUCUGGGCCUGGCGCAGGAGAAGCCCCCAAGGAAGGCUCUGGUGGAGCCCCCCAGACCCAUGAAGCCCCUCUACUGGACCAGGAUCCAGCUCACCACCAAAAAGGAGGUUUCUUCUUCGUUGGUGUGGGACACAAUCGAUGAGCCUGAAAUGGACUUUGAGGAGUUUGUAGAUUUGUUCUCCAAAACAGCCGUGAAGGAGAAGAAGCAGCCGCUCUCUGACACCAUCACCAAGUCCAAGGCCAAACAGGUUAUGAAGCUCCUGAACAAUAAGCGUUCCCAGGCAGUAGGGAUCCUCAUGUCCUCCCUGCAUCUUGAUAUGAAAGAUAUCCAGCAUGCCAUCCUGAACUUGGACAACACCGUAGUUGACCUGGAGACCCUGCAGGCGUUGUAUGAAAAUAGGGCACAACAGGAUGAGCUGGACAAGAUAGAAAAGCACAUCAAGUCGUCAAAAGACAAGGAGAACGCCAAACCCCUGGACAAACCUGAGCAGUUCCUCCACCAGCUCUCUCUGAUCCCAAACUUUUCCUCCAGAGUCUUCUGCAUCAUCUUCCAGUCUAGCUUCCACGAGUGUAUGUCGUCCAUAACGAAGAAACUGGACACUCUGCAGAGAGUAUGCCUG